AUGCCUGAGUUCAUCCUGGUGGGCUUCACCACAGACCCUGUGAUGCAGUUGAUCCUAUUUGUGGUGUUCCUUGGUGUGUACUCUGUGACCCUGGUGGGAAACACCACGCUCAUAACAUUGAUCUGUAAUGACUCCCGGCUCCACACACCCAUGUAUUUUUUCAUUGGCAAUCUGUCAUUCCUGGAUUUCUGGUAUUCCUCUGUCUACACCCCAAAGAUCCUAAAGACCUGCAUCUCUGAGGACAAAAGCAUCUCCCUUGCUGGCUGUGUAGCUCAGUUCUUCUUCUCUGCUGGACUGGGAUAUAAUGAGUGUUACUUGUUGGUCACUAUGGCUUAUGACCGCUAUGUGGCCAUCUCCAACCACUUACUUUAUGCUCAGGUCACGUCGAAAAGACUGGGCAUCUAUUUGGUUAUAUGUACCUAUUCCGGAGGUUUUGUCAAUGCAAUAAUACUCACCAGUAACACAUUCACAUUGGAUUUUUGUGGUGACAAUGUCAUUGAUGAUUUUUUCUGUGAUGUCCCACCACUGGUGAAGUUGGCAUGUGGUGUGAAGGAGAGUUAUCAGCCGGCGUUACACUUCUUCAGGGCCUCCAAUGUCUCAGUCUGUGCUUGUUUUUAUUUGUUGUUCAGUGAGUUAGUUGCUGGGAGAGUAGAUGGGAGCAUCUACUUACUUCGCUAUCUAGCUCCACCUCUUCCUGUAUUGAAUAUUAAGUUAUAG